GCGAUGGGCGUGGCUGUCUCACCUGUGCAAGGCUGCACGAGAGAGUGAUUCAGGAGUUAACAGCUGUCAGCUCGCUAGCACCCUCACCACGCAGACGUGUCCCAUCUUCCUCGAAAGGAUCCUGCAAGGAAAGAAAGAAACUCGUAUUCAGAAUUUGCGAAAUAUCGAUUCAGAUUCAUUUCAUAACUUUCGUUCAUCAACCAGCACUGUUGGUGUAUUUUUUUUUUUUUUGAUUUGUUUUGUUUUGUCUGUUUUUUGGAAAAGGAAGAGGUGUCUCAGGGGCUCUCGAUUUUAUUGUAAACAUGGCGAAAAAGAGUUUUUCUACCAAAAAGAAUCUGAAGAGCCUCUUCUCUAAAAGCGAGGCGAACCUCGAAGAGUCUGCAAAUGAUGCCAGUGGAGGCGACGGAGGGAAAACUUUAAAACUCUUCAAGUGGAAGAAAAAGAAAAAGACGGAACCCGAGGCUGAUAAAACCGAGGAGAAAAUUGUCAGCCAGACUGAAUUGGAUGGUUCUGGAACUGGUCUGGACAGGGAUGGUGUCAGUUCGCCCAAAGGUGGAGGCCGCAAGAAGAAGCUGACCCUUUAUGGCACUACUCCAAGGUCAAAGAAAGGGCUUCUCAGCUCCUCUGAGACUGACCUGCGUAAGCCCAAGAAAUUUGGCACAUUUUCCUUCAGCUGGAAAAAGAAGAGCAAGCAGCAUGCUGACAACCCUUCCCACAAUGCAACAGUGCCAGAUGCCCCACGGGGCCUGGAGGAGGAGGAGGACCUGGAGGGGAGCGUGGAGCACACCAUCGACCUGACCGAUGACCCAGAGAAUGCCACCGAAAGGCGGGUCAGAUUUGAGCUGUCCGAACCCAAGCAGCCCGGGCCACAGGUUACCCUCUCUCCACCUUCUGGGCCUCCUGACCAAUCAAAGCCGGAUGAAGUGGUUACGAUCAGCCUUGAUGUCCCAGACGGGGGCGUGACCCAGGAUUUGGCCCCCAGUGCCCCAGAUGCUGUGUCGCAGACGUCUGGGGUGGCACCGCUGCGUGUGGAUGGAGAGGAGGGCCAGGAAGUCCAGGUCAAUGGCGCAGACGACCCUGCCCUACUGCCCAGUGCGCAUGAGGGAGCGCUGGUCCCUGCUGCCUCCGCUGCCUACGCGGCCCUCACCCGCGCUGUGACCCUGCGUGGCGGUCUGCCCGCGACACCACCAGCUAGCCCCUCUCGCUCUCUCCCCUCAGUGGGUGUGACCCCCGACACCAAUUUCCCUCUCCCCGGUACAGAUCUCCCUCAUGACGACACCUCCCAUCUCAAAAAUGAAAUCUCAGAAAAGGCCACCCCAAUGUCUGCCCUCUCCGAGCCUGGCACUUCUGACACUGACCUGUCCAUCCCAAAAACGCAGCUUUCUGACAUCCCCAUUCCCAACUCUGACCUCUCAGUGGCCGUUGUUAAGGAAACCGACACCUCCCUCCCUAACAGCGACCUCCCAGAAUCUAUUGGUGCACUCUCCAAAACCUCCCUCCUCAAUACUGACCUGUCUGAUGCCGUUGCCCUCCCUAAUGCUGACACAUUUGUCCCCAAAACUGAGGUCUGUGACACCGUCAGUCCUGAUGCUGACACCUCCCUCCCUAACACUGACCUCUCUGACUCUACUGCCUCCAACACUGACACCUCCUCUGCAAAAAUUGAGGUCCCUGACACUGAUGUUCCUGGCACUGAUAUUUCUCUCAAAAGUGCUGACGUCUCUGACACUGUUGCCCUCAACAGUAACACCUCCCUCCCUAACAGUACUGACCUCAAUGACAAUGUGGCUCCUGAAACUGACGUCACUGGCACUGUCUGUCCUGAUACUGACACCUCCCUCAAAAAUACAGAUCUUUCUGACACUAUUUCCCCCAGUACAGACUCGUCCCUUACAAACAUCAUUGGCACUGUUGCCCCCAGCACUACCACCUCCCUCCCGAACACUGAUCUUUCUAACACUAUUGAUCUUAUUACUGAUACCCCCCUCCCCAACACUGAUAUGUCAGUCACUUUUGACUCCUCCCUUCCCAAAAAUGAAAUCUCAAGCAUUGCUGCUUCAGACACUGACAUCUCAGACACUGACAUUCCCAACAUUGACCCCAUCCCCAACACUGACCUCUCUGACUCUACUGCCCCCAACACUGACACCUCCAUCCCCAAUACUGACUCAUCCUCUGCUGAAACACCUCUUCCAAACACCUCUCUUGCGUAUACUGAUCUUUCUGAUGCCCUUUCCCAUGACAUAGAUUCCAUUCUUCCCAAAACUGAAAUCUCAAACACUGCUGCUCUGGAUCCUAGCAGUCCCAACUCUGACCUCUCCGACACUACUGCCCCAAACACUGACACCUCCACCCCCCUCACUGACCCCUCUGGCACUACUGACACCUCCAUCCCCAUCACUGACCUCUCUGACACUACUGCCCCCAACACUGACACCUCCAUCCCCAACACUGACACCUCCUCUCCCAAAACACCUCCUCCAAACACCUCUCUUGCGUAUACUGAUCUUUCUGAUGCCCUUUCCCGUGACAUAGAUUCCAUUCUUCCCAAAACUGAAAUCUCAAACACUGCUGCUCUGGAUCCUGGCAGUCCCAGCACUGACCUCUCCAUUCCCAACACUGACCUCUCUGACACUACUGCCCCCAACACUGACACCUCCAUCCCCAUCACUGACCUCUCUGUCACAACUGCCCCAAACACUGACACCUCCUCUCCCAAUAUUGAGGUCCCUGACACUGAUGUUCCUGGCACUGAUAUCUCCCUCAAAACCACUGAGUUCUCUGAAUCUGUUCUAUCCAAUACUGACUCAUCCUCUGCUGAAACACCUCUUCCAAACAGCUCUCUUGCGUAUACUGAUCUUUCUGAUGCCCUUUCCCAUGACAUAGAUUCAAUUCUUCCCAAAACUGAAAUCUCAAACACUGCUGCUCAGGAUCAUGGCAGUCCCAACUCUGACCUCUCUGACACUACUGCCCCCAACACUGACACCUCCAUCCCCAUCACUGACCUCUCUGGCACUACUGACACCUCCAUCCCCAUCACUGACCUCUCUGACACUUCUUCCCCCAACACUGACACCUCCAUCCCCAUCACUGACCUCUCUGACACUACUGGCCCCAAAACUGACACCUCUAUUCCCAUCACUGACCUCUUUGACACUACUGCCCCCAACACUGACACCUCUCCCAAAAUUGAGGUUCCUGACACCGAUGUUCCUGGCACUGAUAUCUCCCUCAAAAACACUGAGUUCUCUGAUGCUCUUGCCCCCAACACUGAGGUCACUGACAAUGUCACUGCCUAUACAGACACCCCCUUCAGGACAACAGAUCUUUCUGCUACAAAUUCCAUCCAUGCAGACUCCUCCCCUCUCAAUACUGACCUCUCUGACACUGUUGCCAGAAUAAUGGACAGCUCCCUCCUAAACACUGACCUCUCUAACAGUGUUACUCCCGACACUGACAUUUGUCCCCUGAACACAGAUCUUUCUGACUUGCCAAGCCCUGGUCUGUCUGUCUCUGAGAACCUCAAUCCAUUUUGUCCAAGUGCCCAAGACUUGGAAGGUUCUCGCCCUGACACCCCUGACCAGGUUGCAACCAUUGUUCUCACCAUGGGAAUUCCUGACACCAUCAGUGACAGACAGGAAGCAAGGAUGCAGGAAGACGAGAUGGAUAGAGGUCUAGCAGCAGAAGAGAUGGGUAGACUGGGAGGUGGUGGACGGGAGCCAUCAGGAGAACCAUCUCCAGAACCAGUCAGGAGAGACCCUCAGGAAAAUGGGGCUGGUGAUAUCAUGAAGGUGGCUCCUCCCCUUCAGGAAGAAGAUCAGGAAGGCCAAGGGAAAACAGAUGUGCCUUAUCAAGAAUGUAAAGAUGGAGGACUAAUAGAAGAAAAGAGGGAAGAGUUGGAGCAAUGGAAAGAGGAAGGACAAAGAUGGGAGGAAAUGGAAGAGAAGGUGAUAGAAAAGGGACCAGCAGGCAUACUGAAACUGGAUGAGGUGACAGUUGAGGGGCAGGAUGGAGAGGAAGUUAAAAAGGCACUGACAGAGGAGGAGGAAGGGGGGAGAGGGGUGCAGGCAGAGGACUUUGAGGUAAUGGGGCAGAAGGAAUGGGUGAAAGAAGAGAUGGAGGAGGUGGAACAGCGUUCCCAGUUGCCUGCCAUGGAACCGGACUCACCUGUUCGGCAGGAGUGCAUGGCUCAGAAAUGUGAGCCAGCCCCUCCUUCACCGACGACUGAAGGGGAGGGGCUUCCACUGAACCGGGGAAUGGCAACAGAGAAACAGCCCUGUGUGCUGGUUUCAGAAGAGCAAACGCCAGAAAGGGCAGAUUGCUGGGCUACGAACAUACACAACUCACAGGGAGAACUCAUACUCACUGACACAGGUGCAGACAGAGCACACACACUCACUGACACAGGUACAGACAGGGCACACACACUCACUGAUCACACAAGUGCAGCACACAUGCUAGCUGACUCGGCGACAGAGAGAGCAGACUCCACACACACCUCCACACUCUGUGACACACCUGCAAGAACAGAAGACCCUCUGCCAUCCUUGUCCCCUGUAAGCCCAGCUGAAAGGGUUGGUAGGUUCCUGGAUGAUCUGUCGGGUCCCUGGGCGGCUGUAGAAGAGUGUCUGAGUCCUGGGAUUCGGGAGGAUCCGGACACCAUGAACUCUGGCUACGGGGUCCUGAGCACCACCCUCAGCCUGAAGCGCAGUCCGGCCCGAGAUGUCAAAGAAGACGGGCUGCACCGCUUCCGCAAGUUGUCCCUGGUCAGCAGCUCCGAAGACCCCGGAGAGGACUUCAGUUCCAGCCCUGCAGCAGCGCCGUACGACUAUGACCGCGCCCCGGCCGGGACCGAGGGGCAGCGGGAGGUCCUGUCUCGGGAGGACAGACCCGCCCCUGGAGAGGUCACGCCCCGCAGUUCGCCUCAGUUCGGCUCAGAGUCCCUUGGUUCUUUAAACUCGUACUACUCCCCCGCCUUCCUGGACACACAAUACCUCUUUUCCCCUGGGACCAACCAGGAAGCAGGUCUGUCCGCGCCGUCCCCGGAAAAGCCCGGUUCCCACAGCAACAGCCACUCAUUCAGCGAGAGGAGCGAAGUUCAGUGGAGCUGGGAGCGUGAGCUCGGGGGCUGGGACAGGGCGGAGCCAGCUGCACCUGCAGAGGAGCGAGCGAGGGAGGGAGGGAUAAAUUCAGGCUCGGACUCGCGCUGGCUGUCAGACCGCAGCCUCUCCCCGACGCAGACGGAGGUUCCUCUCUCGGGACUGUUCAAAGCCACGCGAGUGGAUCUGCUUCCCUCCCCCACCUCCCCCGACAUCAGCAGCCCCCACGACAUGGACAACCUGGUGGACACCCUCAAGAGCAUGGAGCCUCCUCAGAGACAGAGAGUAUCGCGGCCUCCCCCCUUAUCCGCCAUCACCUCCCUCCCCCCUAUUGUGGAGGACUCCCCGGUGCAGGCCCCCAGGGCCCAGAACGGCACGGGCAGCCUGCCCCAGGACCUGGGCCUGAAGAGGAGCUCGCCCAAGGACAUGCCCACCCCGCUGGAGAUGAUGAAGAGGCAGCACGAGGUGGACGGCCCGCGCUCCCUCCCGCUGCGCGCCUCCGCCGACAGCAGCAUCGUCUUCCGCAAGAGCAGCCCCGGCGGCGGCCUGUCGCCCGACGGCUCCUCCUCGCCCCAGCUCAACGGCAGCUCCUCUCCAAGCCCCUCCCGGCUGGAAGGCAGCCUGCUCUUCUCCGGCUACCGGCUGGAGAACGGGAAGCCGCAGGCCGCCCGGCCGCUGGCGCGCGCGUCCUCUCUGCCCGACGCCGGCCCCUCCAUGGACAGGAUGAGCAGCGCCCCCGGCCAGCCCGGGCCGGAGCCUCCGGGCUCCUCCCGCUACGAGCGCUUCUCCUUCCUCAUGUCCCCCACCAGCUCGCUGGCCGAGGCGCCCGAGCCUCUCCGCGUCAGCCGCCCGCCGGCCCUUACCCACAGUCCCCUGGGGGAGCUAGGCUUUACCCACAGUCCCCUGGGGGAGCUAGGCUUUACCCACAGCCCCCUGGGGGAGCUAGGCUUUUCCCACAGUUCCCUGGGGGAGCUUGGUUUGAGCCACAGGCCCUCCAGCCCCCUGGAUCUGCUCCAUUCGCCCUCCACAGACCCCCACGGCAAACUGCAGCGCAGCCUCAGUGUGGACUCCCCCCUCGCAAAAAUGGGCUCCCAGUUUACCCCCCAGCCAGAACCAGAGAGGCCUGCUGUCAUCAAGUACAGGGCCUUCCCCGAUGCCUAUCGCACCAAGGAGAAGGAGCAUGGCAAGCUUAACCCGCGACCAGGAAAGAUGUUAAUUUUUACUGAGCCAGGCCUGAGUGGUGAGAGGAUUGAGAUACGCAGUGAUGUCAUCGAUGCCACACCCUGGGAUCUUCCAGAAACCAUCUACAUUCGUGUGGUCAGAGGAGGUUGGGUUCUCUAUGAAAAGCCUAACUUCAAGGGGGGAAAGGUUGCUUUGGAUGAAGGAGACAUUGAGCUCACCUCCCCGUUCAGAUCACCUGAGGAAGAGCAGAAAAAGGAGGGUGGAGAGGAAGAGAAGUCGCAGCCCAGCAGGAAGUGUGUCUUCGGUUCUCUGCGCAGAGCAGUCCGGGAUUACAGUGUUCCUGAGAUAAGUCUGUUCCCUGAGGAGAACGCGGAGGGGAAGAAGGUGAUCUUCAGGGACACCUCAGAGGACGCCAGAAUCUUCGGCUUCCCCAUCAAAGCCAAGUCCAUCAUCAUCAAAGCUGGGCUGUGGUUGGUGUACGCACACCCGUUUAUGGAAGGAGCCCCACGCGUGCUGGAGGUGGGGGGGUACCCGAACCCUGCCUCCUGGGGUGUCACCCAACCUUACGUGGGCUCCCUGCACCCUCUCAAAAUUGGGGAGCCACGAGUGGAGAAACCCAAUGAGCCAAAGUUGGUGAUCUUCGAUAAGUCAUACUUCUCUGGGAAGUCUCGUGAUGUGUACACCCAUCUGCGUGACUUCAUAACUCGCACUGAUAUGAAGCAGACUGCUUUCAUGCACAACGCAGGCUCCAUCAGAGUAACUGGGGGCUGCUGGGUGGGGUUCUCUAAGGAGAACUUCCGGGGGCACCAGUACCUGCUGGAGGAGGGGGACUACCACGACUGGAGAGUGUGGGGAGGGUGCGACUCUGAGCUGCGCUCUGUACGCCUCAUCAGAGCGGACUUCGCAGAGCCCGCGCUGGUGAUGUUCUCCCGGCCUGACGAGGAGGACGAGGACCAGGAGGAGAAGACCUUCGAGGUGACGGAGGCCAUCCCGGACGUGGAGCCUUUCAACUUCCCGACCUCCACCCACUCCAUCCACGUGCUGAACGGGGCGUGGAUUGCCUACUCCCAUGUGGAUUUCUCCGGUGAUCAGUAUAUCCUAGAGAAAGGUUUCUACAGCAACUGUGGGGACUGGGGAGCCACAGACAAUCGGAUCUGCUCUAUACAGCCCAUCCUACCGGCUCCCAGUGAAACUCCCACCAGCAGGAGCCAGGUGCUGCUGUACUCCGAACCAGACUUCCAGGGCCAGUGCCAGCUGUGCCUGAAGAACGAGGAGUCUCUGCCUGAGAAGUUCCUCACCAAGUCCUGCAGGGUGCUGAGGGGGAGUUGGGUGGUAUAUGAGGGGCGUGAGUAUUCAGGAGGCCUGUACAUCUUGCCAGAGGGGGAUUACCCAAAUCUCGACAGCAUGGGCUGCCCCCCCAGCUGUUCCCUGCGUUCACUCAAGAUCAUCCCUCUGAUGUUUGCGGUGCCUUCCAUCUCUCUCUUUGGGCUGGAGUGUUUUGAAGGUCGUGAGGUCACUCUGGACUCGGAGGUACCGAGCCUUGUGGACGAAGGGUUCAACAACCACGUGCUGUCAAUCAGAGUCAACAGCGGCUGUUGGGUGGUGUGUGAGCACACUAACUACAGGGGGCGCCAGAUCCUGUUGGAGCCCAUAGAGAUCCCCAACUGGCUGAAGUUCAGUGGACUCUCCGCUAUUGGCUCCAUGCAUGCUGUCAGACAGAAGCGCCACUUCUUCCGCAUCAAAAACCAGGAGCGAGGUCACGUCAUGUCCAUCCAGGGAGGGGUGGAGGAGAUGAAGUCGGGUCGAGUUGUGGUGACGGAGCAGGUGGAGGGCAUGAGUGAUGUCUGGUACUACCAGGACGGUCUCAUCAAGAACAAGCUGGCCCCCAACAUGUGCCUGCAGGUGAUGGGGGAGGUGGAGCCGGGGGCCAAGGUGGUGCUGUGGUCUGAGACACGCCAGCCCACCCAGAUCUGGACCACCCAGGCCAGCGGGAUCAUCAGAAGCCUGACCUUCCCAGGCAUGGUGUUAGACAUCAAGGGAGGGAAGGCCUACGAUCGGAACCAUGUAAUCAUUCAUGGGGAGAGUGAGGAGAGGCCCAGCCAGCAGUGGAAUAUUGAGCUUCUGUAGCCCCGUCCCUCUCCUCUCCUGCCCUCACCCUGUCCCCUGACCCUCGGGAUAACGUCCCAGAACCCUUCAGUGCUUAGAUCACGUUGCAGGAGUGCCAGUUUUGACUCGCCACAGAUAGGCAUCGCCUGUAGGGGGCGCUGCUGAGCCCACCUGCCUUUCCCUUCAGUUGCAUAGGUGCACUGUGGGUCAUUUUCGAAUGGCUCUGCUGGGUUACUGGAGAAACCUUUCUUUGGUUGUAUAGAGUCAUUCAAGGGCUUCAGUGUUCUGUGGAGCAAGAACUAAAUUGUACAAAGACUUUAGAAAAUAUUCUGUGAGAAGAGAACCCCCUUUAUGCACAUCAGAAAAAGCAAUGCAGCCUGGAGAGAAGGUAAGAAGGAACAGGACAGCAGAUCCAGCCCCAGUCUGGCCUGUGCACCGACUCCAGCUCGUCCUACAGUGGAGCCGCCAUCUUGGUUACCCUUUCUGAAGUGACCUACCCAUCAUGCCCAGGGAGAAAAGCGGGGAGCAUUGGCAAUCGCUGGCCAUUCUCCCAUUUCAUGCUUGAAUACAGUCAUUGUGUUAUGUGACAGAUGGGGAAAUUCACUCUGUUGCGCAGAACUGAAUGGAGGCACAUGUCUUCCGUGCACACAUGGACUUGCGCAUGUACACAUGCAGAGCUGCCAGGCCCUACUGCAUGCACAGCGUGUCUCUAUUUGCAGAGUUAUUAUGCUGACUUUAUUUGUUUGUGUUACUCUGUUUCUUUUAUAUUAUGGGGUGAAAGCUAUUUUUAUAAGCAUUAUAUAGUGAUCGUAUCCAAAGAGUGCCUUGGAGAAGCCACUCAGGGAUAAACGCGAGUCAGUGUUGACUAUUGUUACCGUGGUGUUUUAUUUAAGUGGUCUUUAAAUGGUAUGGUAGUAUAAUUAUUCAGUCAAAAGUGUCAAAGUCCAUGUUCAUGUUUGAGAAAACCAAAAUAAAAGAAAUCCAGAAAUCUUGUCUAUAAAAUGUCAUAAACCUGUCCCAAAGCAAUACUUUUUAAUGAAAAACUACAUUGUGAAAAAUAUGUAAGAGGGAGUGGAUUUUAAAUAAAUGAAAGUGAAGUUUACAUGUA